GUCCAAUCGCAGCAAGUUUAUAGCUUUAACCACUAGCUCGUAGCCACCUCGGCCAACAGAAACGUCAGAGCUACCAUACCAAAACAGAAAGUGAAACCUUUGCUUUCUCCAACAAUGGAACGGCUACCGGCUGAUCUGUGCCUGAAGAUCUUCUGCUGCUUGGAUCACCACAAUCUUGCUUCCGCCCAACAAGUUUGCAAGAAAUGGAAGGCGAUUGGAUCUGACGAGAAUCUAUGGUCCAACCUCUUCAAGCAUAGAUGGGGAACCGAUCGUGCCACAUUUCAUGCCCCUGUUGAUUCCAAAUCCUGGAAAGAUGUUUAUGCUGUGCAAGAUCGAUCCGAUCGAGUUGGACUGGGGCUGAAGAUAAUCAGAGAAGGAGGUGACUAUUAUCUUGUUCAUCAAGGCGAAAUUCAACGCUAUCUGGGUUCUCCCAGACACAGAAAAGGGCCAAAGGCUGCUGCUUCAGACGACCAAGUAGAAGAAUCGUCAUCGUGCGGCAGGGCGGCCGAAUCCUGCUGCACUGGCAGUGGGAUUCUGGACAGGAUACUGUUCUUCAUUGGAGACCUGGAAGUUGCUUCUGCAGAUGCCAAACGUGCUCGCCUGAUAUGAAUCAUUGCUUCCUAGAUAUGUAUAUGCAGAAAGCUCACAUGUUCCUGCAGCACCAUUCAACUCAUUGCUCUGUGGAUAACAUAACAGCAAGAUCAAAGCUAGUUUAUUUCGAUUAGUUAUGUAACAUUCGUCGUAUUGUAUAAUAGUUGUAAUGAAAAUGUGUAACAAUGUCAAUAAUUCUUUCCUUUUACUGCUCAAUUGAUGCAAAAAAUCUGUUGUAAUUGUAAAGCCAUAAGAACUGCUGUGGAAGGCAAUAUAGUACUACUGCUGUGUUCCUAUUCUGUUGUCACAUGGAGGAUUGCAGUUGAAGGGUAAUGCAUCAUCUCAUUACAUGGUGAAUUGUGGUUGGAGAAGUUCUGUGAGGGAACAUUCUUGUGAUUCUCAUAUUUGAUCAUCAGCAUGUAAUUCAAUCGGGCUAAUUAGUCGGUGCGUAACGAUAUUACGAGUACCUUUUAACUUACUAAAUAGGAUUAUCAUUGAAAUUAAUAUUAAUUACAAUUCAAACUUGAUACUAAAAAGCACUAAUAAUCUACUUCAAGCGAUUAACAUAUAGAUAAAAUCUAUUAAUCGCCGAUUUGGGCGGAUUGUGAUCGGUGGGCAUUUUCGCAAUUUUUGGGCGAUUUUUCGAAAUGUCAUUUUCCUUGUAUUUUGAAGGUUAUAGAUUACGAAUUCCUGUUGAGGUUAUUCUUCACUGAUGAUUAAGUAUGUUAAGCAUCAAUUUUGAGCGGAUUUUUUCCGGGGCCAUUUUAGGCAAAUUUCAAAGGGGUAUCAUCACAGAUUUCGUGCGAUUCUUUUAAAAUAUCAUUUUCCUUGGAUUUUGAAAGUUACAAAUCACGAAACUAGUGUGUGUCUAUUCUCUCCCAAUGAUAAACUCUAUUAGUCGCCCGAUUUGGGCGAAUUUUUUUCCAAGUGCAUUUUUGUUAUUUUUUGGACGAAUUUUUUAAAGACCAUUUUCCUUGUCUUUUUAAGGCUACAGAUCACGAAUUCGGUCUGAGACUAUUCUCCAACGAUUUUUAAGUCUAUUAAGCACCGAUAUGUAAGGAUUUUUUCUGGGGCCAUUUUUGUCAGAUUCUAAAGGGGUAUCAUCACAGCUUUCGGGAGAUUUUUCGGAAAUGUCAUUUUCCUUGAAUUUUGAUGCCUGCAAAUCACAUAUUCGUACUAAUGUUAUUCUUCACCGAUGAUUGAGUCAUUUAAGCACCGAUUUGGGAGGAUUUUUGGAGGACCAUUUAUUGCAGAAUUUUGAAGUAUUUUUUCGAAAUGUCAUUUUCAUUGGAUUUUGAAGGUUACAGAUCACGGAUUCGAAAUGAGACUAUUCUCCACCAAUGAGAAAGUUUAUUAAUCGAUGACAUGGAAGGAUUUUCCUGGGGCCAUUUUUGGUAGAUUCCAAAAGGCUACCAUCACAAAUUUCAUGUGAUUUUUUCGAGGUCAUUUUCUUCCGAAUUUGAAGGCUACACAUCUCGGAUUUGGCCUAAGGCAAUUUUUCACCGACGAUUAAGUCUAUUAAACACCGAUUUAGGCAGAUUUUUCAGGGAACAUUUUUUUGUAGAUUCUAAAAAAGUACCAUCACAAAUUUUGAGCAAUUUUUUGGACAGCACCAUAAUCAACUUGAAUGGUUACG